UUCCUCUUUAGUAAUUCAUCGGACUUAUUUUGUUGAGGCUCAGCUAUCGUACGGUGUGCUUUACGAAAGCGUGGAUCAAAGUUGUUCAUUUAAAUGUGUUAAAGUUUAUUUCUGAUAUCGAAAACAUGGCGUCACGGAGUUACGGAGCCUGUUUUCUUUGUCAACGAGCGGCGGUGGUGAACAUAAUGUUCAGGAGUGUGAGUUCAGCCUCGCUUCCUCAGCCUAAGGUCGAUUUCCUGAAAGGAGAACUUCACAGGAAGCAUCCAGGUGUGACCAACCUGAAGACUGUCCGGCUACCCGAACAGCUCCAGCUGGCUGCACAGUCCAUUAUUCACAGAGUUCGAAUGCCUCAGCUUGUAGAACGUUCUCAAAAGCUCACAAACUUCCUGUGGAGCCGGAAGAGAGCGGUCGAGGAUUUGAUGCUGAGGCAGAAAGCUGUGAGCAUGGAGAAGGAACUGUGGGAAAAAGCCGUGCAGAACAUCAGAGAAGAUGUCGAUGAGCAACUCCUGGAGGAUCGCAUCAGGAAGAAGGUUUUGUCGGAGCUCAGAAGAACGACGUAUCGCUGGACGCCCCUAAAGUACGAUGAAGACCUGAGCAUAGUGUACAUGGCGGCUCGGCUGGCUGGAGGCUAUGCAGCAGCGAGGAGAGCUUUAAAUGAGAUAAAGAAGCGACAUCCUUCAUUUGCUCCUCAAACACUUCUGGAUUUUGGUUCUGGCUUAGGAACCGUCGCCUGGGCGUCUCAUUCAUGUUGGGGCGACUCUUUGAAGGAGAUUGUGUGUGUGGACAGCUCUGCAGCGAUGAACGUUUUGGCCGAACAACUUCUCAAAGGAGACGAUGAAAGAGCUCAACCGCACAUCAAACACGUUUAUUUCAGACAGUUUCUUCCCGUCUCUCCUAAGGUCCAGUUCGAUUUGGUGGUGGCAGCUUUUACCCUGUCUGAGCUUCCCAACGCAAACGACCGGGCGGACGUCGUGACGACUCUCUGGAGGAAGACGAACUCCUACCUGGUGCUGGUGGAAAAUGGAACCAAAGAGGGCCAUCAGAUGAUGAUGGAGGCCAGAGACGUUUUGUUAAAGAAACAGGAGAAAUUCGUUCAUGACUCCAGACCUGCAUCAGUGUUUGCACCGUGCCCUCAUGAAAUGAUGUGUCCCAAACUGGCCAAGGAACCCGUCACGCCCUGCAACUUCCACCAGCGCUACCAUCCUCUUCCUCUGCCGGGGAGGCAUGAGUGUCAGACAGAGAAGUUCAGCUACCUGAUUCUGAGUCGAACCAAAACGGCAGAACCGACACCGGAAGGUCUGGACUGGGGCCGGCUGAUCGCGCCGGUUCUGUGCAGAACGCGGCACGUCCACUGCCACAUGUGCUGCUCCGACGGACGGCUGCAGCACAUGGUGGUGACGGCACGGAAACACAGCCGAGAUGUGUACCGCUGCGCGCGGAACAGCGAAUGGGGAGAUCAGCUGCCGAUUGUUGAGUACGUCAAAGAAGAGACGGAGGUCCACAGCGACUCGGAGAGCUGAUGAAAACCUGGACGUUUCCUAAGUUUAGAAUUAGAAUCUAUUUUGCUCUCUCUGUGUUUUGUAGGUAUACCUCUAUUACACAUUUACAUGUUUUUAUUAGUUGCCAUGGUCAAUAAGUUGUUGAUUAUUCUGUUUUUGAGUCUGAUUUGCAUCCAGUUAAAGUUUAUCUUUCUAAAAAUGUCCAAAUAAAACUAACUUACUUGCAACCUUGUUGACUCAUAACACUAGUAAAACAUGGUAAUGGCAGCAUCAUGGACUGGAGUAGGAACUAAUUAUUGGUGGAAAUCUAAAAAAUUAAAGAUUUUUUUCUGUUAUCAUUUA